GAUAGGACAGGAUAGGAUAGGUUAGAAUAGCUCCUCCAGUCAUUGUGAUUCAUUAUUCCAUUCUUUAAUACUCCUACUAUUAAUUUCUUCUAUUCUAUUUCUAUAUAUACAAGUUGUGAGUCGUUGAUCCGAAGCAGUUAACGACGGUUGAUUUGAUUUCAACAAUGGCAACAACAAAGAUAGGAAUCAGUGACGAUGGUGCUGAGGCGGAGGUGGAGGUGCUGGGGUCGUGGGCGAGCCCCUACUCCAACAGGGUGGAGAUGGCUCUCAACCUCAAGUCAAUUCCCUACCGCCUCUCCGAGGAGAGGUUCUUCAGCACCGACGACGGCGCCAAGAGCCACCGCCUCCUCCGGGCCAACCCGGUCCAUAAGAAGAUUCCGGUCCUGCUCCACCGCGGCAGACCCGUCUGCGAGUCCCUCAUCAUCCUCCACUACAUCGACGACGUCUGGGCCCAAUCCGGGCCGUCCAUCCUCCCCUCCCAUCCCUACGACCGCGCCCUCGCCCGCUUCUGGGCAGCAUUCCUCGACGACAAGUGGUUCCCGGCGUUGAAAGAGAUGGAGCAGGCGACGGACGAGGCCUCAAGGGCCGGCGUCGUGGGGAAGAUUCUGGAAAUGACAGCCUUGUUGGAGGGGGCUUUCGUCGAAAUAGCAGGGAAUGGGAAUAGUAAUAGCAGGAGGUUCUUCGGAGGGGACGACAUGGGGUUCCUGGACAUUGCACUGGGAAGCUACCUGGGGUGGGUGCGGGUGCUGGAGUCGGCUGUCGGGGUGAAGCUGUUCGACAGCUCCACCUGCCCCGGGCUGGCCGGGUGGGUCGACAGGUUCUGCUCGCACCCUGCUGCCAGGGACGUGGUGCCGCCCAGCGAGAAACUCGUUCAGUUCUACAUCGCCAUCAAAUCGCAGAGGAAAGCCCAGAGUUAGCCAGAAUGCAUUGUGAUAACAACAAACAAACAAACAAACAAACAAACUCUCGUUAAUGAAUUAAUUGGCUUGAGUCGUUGAUUGACUGAUUGUCUUAUGUACGUAUGUAUGUAUGUAUGUAUGGCUUGACGCAGCAGAGCGAGCCAACAGUAUACAUACCUCUUAAAGAAUAAAUUAAUUCGACGACGACGACGAUUGUGCUGUGCCUGUGCGUUUUGAGGACCAAUCUGGGCCCUUUUUAUUGUUUUCACU